UGCUGACCUGGGCUCACAAAUUCCAAAAGAAAGCCCACAUAAACUCUGAAGAUCAACAAAACCAACAACAACAGCUCAACAACACAAACAUCAUCAUGGGCCACUUCACCCUCUUCAACAACUUUGCCCCUCCGUCCACUGAAGUCAUGACGAUGGAAGAGAAAACCGCCGUUUGGCAGGCCUGCAGAGCAACCUUCCGCCUUUGCAAGAAGGAUUUGCUCUCUGACGAUGUGGAUCCGGCCGAAGAAUGUCAUAUGGAACUCAAGCCCGACGAUGACAAGUCCCGAUCACUGAAGCAACAGAAGCGCAGUACAGAAAUGAAGCACCACAGGCGUACCGGAUCGAACAUGACAGAUAUUACCGACGCUACAGAAGAAAUCACAGACUUUGCCUUUCUGGAAGAACUCUUUGACAUUCCUCUUACAAUCGCGGGAGGAUGCGCAAGCGAGGAUUUCGACAUGCAAUAUGUCUCUUACUAAAUGGAGGGACUGCACACCACUCCAAAAAGCACUCCGUUGCGCAUGGCUUUGGAUGCAGUUGCGGAACGCGCUUCUCAACGACCCCAGGCAAAGGCUUCCUUAUCACUCACCCAAUUGGGCAAAGGUACCGUAGGCGAACAAGAUUUCAUCAUCUCGGCGCCGUUCUGUCCGGUGGAUGCACAAAGAAGCACAACACCAAAAGUGACAGCCGGUAUACCAACCAGCCUUGACUGGAGGCGCAACCGGAAGAUACUGGUACUGCAGCAGCAGCAAUGAGUGCGAAACCUAGAUCAUAGACUCCUAUAGCAUUUAGAUACUAGACCUUCCAUACAUGUUCCAAACU